AUGAGAGGUGUACAAACAGCCGUCUCGCUUGGUGGGGCGUGUCUUGGUGUGCUGACCGGGGGUGGAGUAGAAGAGGAAGCUGGCCCGUCCAAUGAUGGUAAAGAGGGCCACCGAGAAGAAGACGACGACACCAGGCUCCGAAGUCCAUCGGCGCUAUGUUCAUGGGUCACAGAUCUCGUGCACUCUCAUGUGACGAUUAACGAGCCACAAGAACGUUCAACCUUCUGCCCAAGCACCAUUGCUGAGCUGCUGAGGCCAUCUCCACAAUCAAUCUCCGCUCAGCGGACUCCACGGGACAAUGAGGCGCUGACGAUAAACGGCUAUGUGCGGACAGUGCGCAAGCAAAAGCGUAUUGCAUUUGCUGCCAUAGGAGAUGGCUCGACCCUGCAGACAGUACAGGCAGUGCUGCCUCCCCAACUAGCGGAAGGUCUCUCCACUGGUGUUGCAGUGACAGUCACAGGAAAGUGGACACCCUCGCCAGGUCAAGGCCAAUCCCAUGAACUUCGAGUAAACCAAGUGCAAAUACUGGGAGAGAACGAUGCUACAGCCUACCCAAUCCAGAAGAAAUACCAAUCGCCUGAAUUUCUGCGCACUCUCCCGCAUCUUCGAAGUCGACUACCAAUCAACUCUCUUAUAUUGCGGCUGAGGUCUUUAGUCACUGCGCAAGUGACCAACUACUUUGCAGAACAUGACUUUGUUCAGUGUCAUCCACCUAUCAUCACAUCUUCCGACUGCGAGGGUGCAGGAGAGGUAUUUACUGUUGCGCCUGAGGUACCAUCGUCAUCAGACAAAUCCUCUUCAAACCAGAUCAAGAAGCAUGAAGACAUGUUUUUCGGCUCUCCCAAAUACCUCACCGUUUCUAGCCAGCUUCACCUAGAAGCUUUAGCUCAAUCAGUGAACAAGGUCUGGACGCUGUCUCCAACAUUUCGAGCCGAAAAGAGUGAUACGGUUCGUCAUCUUAGCGAAUUCUACAUGCUGGAAGCAGAACUAGCUUUCGUCGACGACGCCAAUGUCGUCAUGGACGUUGUGGAAGAGAUGUUGCGUUCUGUUGCGUUGAAGUUACAAGAGUCAAUUGUAGGUCAAGAGCUCCUUGAGGCGCGAGCACGAGACCAGGAUCAAGAAAGCACAUCCGUGUCGCACGCUACCCUCGCACAACGGUGGCAAGGGCUGGCAGAAGGUCCAUGGCCUCGAAUCUCAUACGCGGUUGCGAUACGACACCUCAAGGACGCAGUGGCUCAAGGCAAGGCGGAAUUCGAGUAUGCACCUGGUCAUGAAGACGGUCUACAAACCGAGCACGAACGAUUUCUGGCUGAGAGCUUGGGACGCGGUGGACCCAUAUUCGUCACUGACUAUCCACGCAACAUCAAGCCCUUCUACAUGGCGCCGUCAAAUGAUCCGACUGUUGAUGAAUCGGCUGCACCGACAGUCGCAUGCUUCGACCUACUUGUACCUGAAAUUUGUGAAUUGGUGGGAGGCUCUAUGCGCGAACACCGACUGGAACAACUUCUAAAAUCCAUGGAGGAACAGGGCCUCCAACAAGCGUCGGACGACUCUACCGACGCAUCAGACGGCUCUUUGCAGUGCUGUGGCCAGAUUGUAGGGGGCAUCACGAUGCAGAAUUUGCCAGUAUAUGGGCUGGCAUGCGCAUGCGUAGGUUUGCCGUACAAGCUCCGGCAUCGCUUCGCAAACCUGGAAUCCGCGGCGCCAGUAACAGGCCGACUUAUGGCCCCCAAUGAUCGGCCAUCAGUUCCUAUCGAAGAAGAACACGAUUAUGAAGCGCUCCCGCCAAACUUCUCCCUCACCGCGAAUAUGCUUGCGGGCGCAUUUGCGGGCAUCGCCGAACACUCGGUGAUGUACCCAGUCGAUCUACUCAAGACCAGGAUGCAGAUCGUCAACCCGUCGCCGAGUGCCAUGUAUAGCGGCAUCUCCAACGCCAUGGUCACUAUAUCGCGAGCAGAGGGCUUUUGGUCAUUGUGGAGGGGGCUUUCGAGUGUGGUCAUGGGUGCAGGUCCCGCCCAUGCUGUCUAUUUUGCAUCGUACGAAGCCACCAAGCACGCCCUCGGCGGCAACGAAGGAGAGAGUCACGAGCAUCAUCCUCUUGCAGCAGCUGCCAGCGGUGCUGCGGCCACCAUCUCCAGCGAUGCGCUGAUGAAUCCUUUUGACGUCAUAAAGCAACGCAUGCAAAUGCAUGGUUCCAUCUACAAAUCUGUCCCUCAAUGCGCCCGAGAGGUUCUCCGUACCGAGGGAGUCGGCGCCUUCUACGUCUCAUACCCCACUACACUGUGUAUGACGGUGCCAUUCACCGCGCUACAAUUCAUGGCCUACGAAUCCAUGUCAAAGGUCAUGAACCCGACCGGCCGUUACGAUCCCUACACGCACUGCUUCGCCGGAGGUAUCGCCGGUGGAUUUGCAGCGGGGCUCACCACUCCGCUCGAUGUCAUCAAGACGCUAUUACAAACACGCGGAAAUGCCAGGGACGCAGAGUUGAAGAACGUCUCCGGCCUCUUCCAAGCGUCUAAGAUAAUCCACCAGAGGGAGGGCUACAGAGGAUACUUCCGUGGUCUGAAGCCCCGUAUUAUCACCACCAUGCCAAGCACUGCGAUUUGCUGGUCUGCAUACGAAAUGGCAAAGGCUUUCUUCAUUCGGAGGAGCACCAACUCGUCCACUGCCAUAUAG